CAAGGAUCAAAGGCCCAAAAACAAGAAGAAAGUGUAAAGCAUCCCAUUUUUCUGAUCCCUAAAGAAAUCCCAAGAAAAAUCAACGAAGAAGAAAACAAAGGAAGUUGUAAAGAAGAGGAAGAAAAAUUUCUGUAAAAAUGGCGGAAAACAGAAAAGAAUAUGAUUGGGAUGCAAAAUGGGAUGCUUGUCUUGAUCUCUCACUUCGUCGCUUUGUUUAUUCUUCCGUCGCCGGCGCUUUCACCGGCCUCCUUCUUUUCCGGAGUCCUGCAACUCGUUGGGCUUCUGUGGCAUUUGGUGCUGGAGCGGGUCUUGGAUCUGCAUACUCAGACUGCUCUAGAUUGUUUGACAGCCCCACAGCAAAUUUGAGGCCUCCACAAGUCUCCAGCUCUCCUGUUUCUCAGGAUGGACAAGAGUGAGUGGCGAGGUUGCGAGGAACUAGUGAGGAUGGCUUGUUUAUUUUACUUUUACGUGACUCUUAUCCAACUGUAGCACCAAAAACUGUUUUGAUUUGUUAUUGUACCUCCAAUGUACUACAAUUUUCUCAUGAAACAAUAUCUUUUAUCUUGUAAUGAUUUUACUAUGAUUUGGAGUUUCAAUCAGGUGAAUGAAAUAUGAAAAAAGAGAAAAAUAAGAUUUUACAGCUAA